AGCCAGGUGUGAGCAUCAGCCUCCCUGUUAAUGAGUUUGAUAAUUUACCCGGCUCAUUCCUGCGGGAGGGAGGGCGCCGAGCGCAGCGCGGCUCUUCCCCGGCGAGCAGGGGCCGCUCCGCACCGCCCCGCACCGCAGCCCCGCACCGUCCCCGCACCGUCCCCGCACCGUCCCCGCACCAUGCCGGCCCUGGGGCUCGUCGCCCUCGGGCUCCUCCUGGCGCUGGAGCCCGCAAGCUGCCAGGAAGCCAGGGGUAAACUCCAGCCGUGGUCGCAAGGUGUCAUCGCAGUGGUGGUGUUCCUGGUCCUGGUGGCGAUCGUCUUUGUGGUCAACAGGUUCUGGUGUAAUAAGAAGAAGGAUAACGUUGAGUCAGGGGUGACCACAGGGGCCAAGGAGGAGGCUGUCACAUCCAACAGCCACGAAGGGAGAUACAUGAGCACCGCAAAUGACUUCAGGUCCGAGGAGAGCAAGCACGCCUACGAGAACACGCUGGAGCCGGAGGAGAGGGUGAUGACCACCGCCAUGUAGCACCGGCUGUCCCUCUGUCCUCUCCUUUCUCCACCCCUCGCCCUGCCUCCCGCUGGUGUGACCGGGACCCUCCGCCCCGACGUCCCCCCGCACGGAGCCUGCCCCAGCCCCGCCAUCUCCAGGCCUUUCUCGUCCCCCCCGUCCCGGCUGCAGGACCUGCUGCUCUGCCCCCCUGCCAGCCCCACCGGAGCGCUGCGGGGCUGUCGCCUCCCCAGCCCUGCUCGGCCAGGCUGAUGUCCCCCAUCCCCUGGACCACGGGGACGCUGACCUGAUCCGGACAUGCGCGGGGGGUCCUUGUGGGGUGUGUGGGACCCCCCUUUUUCCCCCGCACAUCCCCAGCUGCCCUCUGGGAAGCUGCUGAUCGAAAACCCGCUCUCGUCUCACCAUCUCACCCUCCUUUAUACGAGCAAAGGCCCUACAGCAUGCGUUUUCAUUUCAGAACAAAUCUCUUCCCCUGUACAUAUCUUCCCUGCCAGCAAUAAAGAGGAUUGCUGUGCA